AUGGCGUUGCCACAGGAGGAAUUGCGGUUCAAUACGGUGGAAGAGACGGUAGAGGCGUUCAGAAAUGGAGAAUUCAUCAUCGUGCUUGACUCAGAAGACAGAGAGAAUGAGGGCGACCUGAUCAUUGCCGCAGAUUCCAUCACCACUCGCAAAAUGGCCUUCAUGGUUAGACAUUCAAGUGGCUAUAUAUGCGCCCCGAUACUGCCCAACCUAGCCACCCAUCUCGAACUGCCCCAAAUGGUCUCCCAGAGCACCGAUCCGCACCGCACCGCAUACACAGUCUCAAUCGACUCGAAUGACCCUUCAGUCACCACCGGAAUCUCUGCGCAUAAUAGAGCGCUUACCUGCCGCACCCUAGCCUCCCCUGAUGUCAAGCCUUCCAGCUUCCGACGGCCCGGCCAUAUCCUACCCCUCCAAGCAAGGGUUGGAGGCGUACGUGAGCGGCGAGGCCAUACUGAAGCUACUGUUGACUUCUGCCGAUUGGCCGGGAAGUUCCCUGCCGGCGUCAUCUGUGAGCUAGUUGAAGAUGGCGAGUCUCCAGAGGGAGUCGCCGAGCAGUCUGGUGGUGGGAUGCUUCGGCGGGACGGAUGCUUGAAGUUUGGAAAGAAAUGGGGCAUCAAAGUCUGUACGAUCGAGGCAUUGGUGGAAUACCUGGAGAAGACAGAGGGACCUCUUCCAGUCGUUAAUGGGAAGCAUAGUUAA